GCACCCAAACUCCAUGUGAAUAUUGGGAGGGGGCAUGGUCAAAACAAGCCUGCAGUGAUAACAGGACAUAUUAAUUAACUGGAAAAUCAACACAGCUUCUGAGAGCCUUGUAAACCAGAAGUCACAGUAAAGCAACGAUUCAACCCAGAACAUCAGAGCUAAUAAAAAAAGAUCUAUCGAGCUACCAUAUUUGAUUAAAACAACGAUUCAAUGUCAACUUGCAUUGCUAGAAGAAUUAUUAAAGAGCCCUCAAAUGAAAUAAGACUGAAUUGAGUUUAUUGAUUACCAGGAAGACUAUCACCCUCAAUACUUCUGAAGCUUGGUUAUCCGUUGAGAAGCUCAGCUUAUUCACAAUGCUCCUACCUGCCCCAUUGCUGCUUGUGGCUCUCUGUGUUCCACUGUGGACCCAAGCCUGCGGACCCAACAAUGAGGACCCACACACAAGUGUUGUACUAGGGUGGUUCAAACAGCGACUGCUGGAGAGAUUGGCACUGGAGGAGCCACCCAGUGCACGGUCCCACCACCAGUCAAGACACAGACUGGGGCUUAACCAGCACAGAGCCUCAACUCGACUGGGCAGGGCAGCGUGGACAGAGAGGAGAAGAUCUCAGCUGGACACCUCACAGGUCAUCCUGUUCCCCAGCACCGAUUCCACCUGUGUUUUCAGUUCUGACCUCUCCCCAGCAGAGGGAGCUGGCCACUUUACCUACUACUUUCAGCCCUCUGGAUACACGCUGGAGCACAUAGUCACCUUGGCUCACUUCUGGUUCUACUCUGGAGUGAACGUGACAGAACUGCAGGAAGGAAACACAUCGGCCCCAGUCUUCAUUCUCACCUCUCACCAGCAGUUAGAAGAGGCAGCAAAACACCCAGAAGAGAGAUCUGCAGAUGGGUGGUCCGUCUACCAUAUCAAGAGGCAUAUCCAUCCCCUUCUGUCAGAGGGGCCUUUCGUUCUCCAGGUGCGUUGUCUGAAUUGCGGCUGCCACUCUGAGCCCGACAAGACCCCCUUUCUUCAGUUCCACACGCAACCAAAAAACCCAGAGCGAUCAAGGAGGUCCUCUGUUCCAUGGUCUCCUUCUGCCAUUGACCUCCUGCAAAGGCCAUCCCAAGAGCAGCCCAUAUACAACGACUGCCACCGCAUGGAGCUCAAUAUCUCCUUUGAGGAACUGGGCUGGGACAACUGGAUUGUCCACCCAAGGGCAUUCACGUUCCACUACUGCCAUGGGAAUUGCUCCAACACGGAACGAAUGACCACCUUCCUUGGGAUCAAGCAGUGCUGCGCUCCCGUGCCAGGUACCAUGAAGUCUCUUAAAUUUCGUACAACCUCCGACAGUGGAUAUUCUUUCAAGUAUGAAACACUUCCCAAUAUGAUUGCAGAGGAGUGCUCCUGUAUUUAGCAGCUUUCGGUGCCAUCACUGAUCUGGGACUACCUUUACAUUAUGUAGAAAAUCUAUUGACAUGUCAUGCCUGACAUUCUAAUGCCCAUUAUUACUAUAAAUAAAGUUCAAUCAUGUAUUUUACCCAAAUGUCAGAUUUUACAGCUAUGGACACGUUUUGCAUCACUAAGACCUAAACAAACAAAAAAUAAAAUCACUAAUGAACAAUUUUUAUUUAGCAUCAUGUGAAACCACAAACUGAUAUCGCAAAAGUCUAAUGGAAGCUAUAAUAGUAGUACAGUAAUUCAAGUUCGAUUUCAAAAUGUCACAUUUUUCAAUUUGUCAGUUUCUCGUUAAGUAUAUGGAAAACUACAAAACAGUAUGCAAUUCAGUAUGUUAACACAUUAACACAACAUUAUUCAGCAGGUUUCAUUUGACUUUAAGAAGCAAAAUUAGUUCAUGCUAGAGUGAUGCAAAACUUUUGGCCAUAGUUGUAGAUCAUAACAGAAGACUGGGUGCAUUAAAGAGUUAGAAUGACUGAAAACUGCAUGUUCAGAAACACCAACAUAACAUGGCUUUGACAUGUAUUUGAUUUUGGGGUAGCUUUUAAAUAAAUAUAUUAAAGUAUUAAAUACUGCACCUAUGUUUAAUCCAUUUCCCUUCAAUAUAUUAGCUUCAGAACAAACAAUUUGGUACCGGGCUGAAAUUAGUUAUCCUAACCAACGCAAUUUUUAUUGUUUAAAAUCUGGUUUGACACUGUUUUAUUCACAUCCCAAAAAAAGUUAAAAAGCAUCCAAUGAGGGGCUCACAAACAUGUCUUCUCUCCAAGGACAGCUGACACACCAAUCAGCAGGCCACUGUAACACUGCCUCCUGUGGAGGAAACAAAAACUGUGUUUGUUCCAUGAGGUAUGCUUUAACACCAC